AUGGCACCACACGCGGAAAUCGGCGUCGGCACCAUGAACGGGUAUAGCAACAAUCACGCCUCGGACUCGGCUCAAUCGCACAAGGAGCUUUUCACGGUCGACUCUCCCAACGUUACGUAUACUGACGAACACAUCAAGAGCAAGUAUGUCUACCGCACCACAGCAGUCACCAAGUCUGCCGAUGGGAAAUACACGGCAACGCCCAAGGAAACCGUCUAUGACUUCAAAGUCGACCGUAAAGUGCCCAAGGUCGGUGUGAUGCUGGUGGGAUGGGGCGGCAACAAUGGCUCCACUGUGACUGCCGGCAUCAUCGCCAACCGUCGUGGACUUGUCUGGGACACUCGUGAAGGGAGUCGUGCUGCCAACUACUACGGCUCCAUCAUCAUGGGCUCAACCAUCAAACUCGGGGCUGACGCCAAAACCAACGAAGAGAUCAACAUUCCUUUCCAUGACGUCUUGCCCAUGGUUCACCCGAACGACCUUGUGGUUGGUGGCUGGGAUAUCAGCAGCCUGAACCUGGCCGCCGCAAUGGACCGUGCUCAGGUCCUUGAACCAACCCUCAAGGCCAUGGUGUACAAGGAGAUGGCUCUCAUGAAGCCACUGCCCAGUAUCUACUACCCAGAUUUCAUUGCUGCCAACCAGGAAGAUCGUGCGGACAACAUCCUGCCGGGAAACAAGGCCAGCAUGGCCCAUGUUGAUCAGAUCAGGGCAGACAUUAGGGACUUCAAGGCUCAGAACAACCUCGACAAGGUCAUUGUUCUCUGGACUGCCAACACUGAGCGCUAUGCCGACAUCAUUGCCGGCGUCAACGACACCGCCGAGAACUUGCUGAAAGCGAUCGAGCAAGGCCAUGAGGAAGUGUCGCCCUCGACAGUCUUCUCCGUGGCUUGCAUCCUUGAAAAGACGCCUUUCAUCAACGGCUCCCCUCAGAACACCUUUGUUCCCGGCGCCAUCCAGCUCGCUGAGAAGCACGACUCGUACAUUGGAGGUGAUGACUUCAAGUCGGGUCAGACCAAGAUGAAGUCGGCAUUGGUCGAUUUCUUGAUCAACGCUGGUAUCAAGCUGACGUCGAUUGCAAGCUACAACCAUCUGGGCAACAACGACGGCAAGAACUUGAGCUCUCAAAAACAGUUCCGUUCCAAGGAGAUUUCCAAGUCCAAUGUCGUCGACGACAUGGUGGCAGCCAACAGUGUCUUGUACAAGAAAGAUGAGCACCCAGACCACACCGUUGUUAUCAAGUACAUGCCCGCCGUCGGAGACAACAAGCGAGCCUUGGACGAGUACUAUGCCGAGAUCUUCAUGGGUGGCCACCAAACCAUCAGCAUCUUCAAUGUCUGCGAGGAUUCCCUGUUGGCCUCGCCCUUGAUCAUCGACCUUGUCCUCGUCGCUGAGAUGAUGACCCGCAUCCAGUGGAAGACGGAAGUUGCUGCUGAAUACAAGGGCUUCCACAGCGUCCUGAGCAUUCUCAGCUACAUGCUGAAGGCACCUCUCACUCCCCCUGGAACGCCCGUCGUCAACGCCUUGGCCAAACAGCGCAGCGCCCUAACCAACAUCUUCCGGGCCUGUGUCGGUCUGCAACCCGAGUCCGACAUGACGCUGGAGCACAAGCUGUUCUGA